UAUUUCGUACAAGCAGAUUCUCGAGUUCCAAAACAGGACAGCCCCUGUUUAAGUUUUGCAGCUGCUGUUUCGUGAGAAAUUUCAAUGGAAAACUCCCUUCAAGCAAAGGAGUUGUUAGAGGGCAGUAAGGAGGAGCAGCAUGCUCGAUAUUGUGGCCAAGAGAAGUCCAAAACAGUCGUCAUCAAGCAUAGAGAGUCCGACGAACAGCGGGAUAACUUAUUUCACGAGAGAUGCUUCAUCGAUGGGAAAUUGGUGUCACUCGUGAUCGAUGGAGGGAGCUAUGCAAAUAUCAUAAGUCUGGACGUCGUCAAGAGGCUUGGAUUGACAACUCAAAGACAUUCCCAACCUUACCAAAUCAGUUGGAUCAACGAACAUGGAACGAUCAAUGUGACGAAACAAGUGUUAGUUCGUUAAUCUCGGACAGUACGAGGACGAGGUUCUGUGUGACAUUGCACCAAUGCAAAUAGCUCACCUAUUGCUUGGUAGACCGUGGCAAUUCGAUCGAAAGGUUACACAUGAAGGAUGGACGAAUUAUUACAAGUUUCAGCACCAAGGUAAGAAGUUUGUUUUGAAACCGCUUUCUCCGGAUGACGUUUACAAUGAUCAGAAGCAGAUGGAGGCGAAACGAAACAUGGGAGGGGAGUCUGGAGCUCAGAUGUGGGUGCAAAGGCGUAUCGGAUUCAAUUUUAUGAGCUUUCAAAAGCUCCAAAACAAAGUUCCAGCGUUAGAAGCACUUGGCUGCCACGAUCUCUGUUCUACCCCUGCAAAACAGAGCUCCGAAUGUAGCCACGAUGUCGACAAAGACAAGGGAAGAUCGAGGUCCGAGAUCACCACAGAUGGCUUCCUCAAGGUCGAAGGAAUUACUACGAGUCAAAUAGAAGCUCCAUAUCGAGUUGAUGGCGAUCAAAUUUCCCCUUCGACCAGCUGCCCAGAACUCUGCUCGCCGGUGACGAUGGCACAGAGCAAGAGAGAGAACGAAUGGGGUGGACUCACUGGCGAUCAUUCGAAACCGAACACCAGUUUCGAAACAUUCAAUCCUACCCCAGGAAUGUCAGGAGUACAUUCAUUUGAUGUGAUCAAACCUGAAUUUGAAGAAUCAAACAGUCCAAAAGUGCCUCUGUUCGUGACGCAAAUGGCCAACGAGGACCCUCUCUUGGGUGAAGCAACCCAGAUCGAUUCGACCCAAUUCGGCGCUACAGAAACAUCAAGGGAGAUCCUAGGAACGUGUCUAAGCAAUCAAUUCAUCUUGACGCAGCCUGAAUCAGAAAUGCCCAAAUUGAAAUUUUUUGGAAGAAAGUUUGAAGAAGAAAAGAACGCAUCGAUUGGAGCGAUUGGGAGCGAAUCGGCGAAAAAGAAGGCUUUGGACAAGUUUAUGGAGGUCCAAGGAAGGAGUAGGGACGAUCAAUUCGUCUUGGAAAAGCCGAAAUAAAAAAAUGCCCAAUUCAAUUUUGGGGUCGCCGGUUUCUGGAAAUUGUUCGCCGGUUUCUGGGUUUAUGUCGCCGGAAACUGGGAAAUUUGAACUUCCCGACGGCGGGAAACUCGACGAUGACGAUUGGCAACGUUUCGGGCAGGUUCGAAGCCUAGAAUUGGAUGAGGUCGCUUCCUGGAAUCAAGGCGAAUACGACGAUAGCCUUGAAUUGAGUCGAGAAGGCGUUGAGCAUAAAUGCCCAAAUUCGAAGAAGUCGCCGGAAAACUCAAAGUCACCGGAUUCUGGAAAAUCUUCGUCGGAGUUCGAAAAUGUGCACGAACUGAUUUUGGGUCCAAAUUUUGUGGAUUAUAGUGUGACAGGUGAGCCUUGGAGUCCCACGACACGGCUGAAGUUGACUGAAGAAGGAUUUGAAGCUUCAAAUUUUAUGCCGAAAAUUGAGUUUGAGCAACCUACUUUCGAUCCACUUUGGGAUCAAUUCUGUGACGUUUUUGACAAGAAGAAGCUUCAACCUUUGAGGUCAAAGCUUUUUGAAGAGGGGGAGCCUGAUAUGAUCCCACUUGGAUCAAUCAACAAUUCAAAAUUACUUACCAAAGAAGUCAUCUCAACUCACAUGAAGAAUUCUGAUUUUUGGCUAAGUGUUGAAACAGUUUUAGGUAGCCUACUUUGGAAGCUUGUAUCUCACAAAUGGCUUAAUAAAAAUGGGAUAUUAAU